GGACCGGAGGGGCUUGUCCGGGAUGGUAGCGCUUCCGUGGCCUCCGAGCGGUCGCCGUGAAGGCGAGGCGGCUGCCUGCGACGACGACUGUGCGUGCGUAAUGCAGCUGUCCGCGGGAGGAACGGGAGACUAGCCGGCCUGGCAGCGUGCGCGCGUCCCGCCCGAGCCCUCCGAAUCCGUGGAGCUCCGUUGCGCCGCGCGUGGGCGGCCUUCUGGCACUCUGGCCCCUGCGCGCUCGGGAGAGACGAUGUGCCGGGCCCUGCUGUCGCUUCUUGUGACCUGCGGCUUGCUGGGAAUGCGGCCCCUGCCCGCCCAGUGCCAGGAGGCCCAGACCCCGGACUGGAGGAUGACGCUGAAGACCAUCAGGAACGGCGUCCACAAGAUCGACACUUACCUGAAUGCUGCUUUGGAUCUCCUGGGAGGAGAGGAUGGGCUCUGUCAGUAUAAGUGCAGCGAUGGAUAUAAGCCUUUACCUCGCUAUGACUAUAAGCCUUCACCACCCAAUGGCUGCGGUUCUCCUCUUUUUGGAGUUCACUUUGACAUUGGCAUUCCUUCAAUGACAAAAUGCUGCAAUCAACAUGACAGGUGUUACGAUACCUGUGGCAACAAAAAACACGAUUGCGACGAAGAGUUUCAAUAUUGCCUCUCUAAGAUCUGUAGAGAUGUACAGAAGACACUGGGAAUACCAGAGAGCGUACAAGCAUGUGAAUCAACAGUUCAACUAGUGUUUGACGCAGUCAUACAUUUAGGAUGCAAGCCAUACCUUGACAGUCAAAGAGCAGCAUGCAUGUGUCGGUAUGAAGACAAGACAGACCUUUAAGAGAGAAGCUUUCGACCUGGUUCAGUUCAUCUGUAUUGUGAGAGCCAUUUUGUUGUUACAAAGCUGUUCAAAGCAUACAGUCGGAGCGUCAAGCUGGUCUACACUUCUGUAAAGGACACUAAUUUUUUAUAUAGCACUUCUUCCCUCUGUCACCUUUGCACGCAUCCUUAAUCUUUAAGGAUCUUUUGCAUACAACUUUGAAAGCCAAAACUGCAAUUUCGGCAACUGGCCUCGGAGUGGUACCUCUCCGUGAGUUUUUCCUCUUGAGGGGAUUGUGGAUGCUGCUCUUAAACUGAUAGAGGUGAACGCCCGUAACUAUUGCAUGGGGUAAAAAGUAGGUCAAACUUUGGUCUUACCAGCUAUUUGGCAUCCCCUCAGAGCCUUGCUUUAUGGACAGAAGGGAAAUGCCUUAAAAAUGUAUGGAUUUUGUUUGCGAUCUUACGCUGCUGUUAUAGUGGAAUAUUCCCUUGAGUAGAUAUUCUGUUUCUGCUUCUAUAGUUCAGUCCUGUGUGUGUUCAAUUAAUUAAUGAACCUUAUGUAUGUUCAAUUAAGUCUCACUAUUCACUGAGGCUUACCACUUAGUAAGUAUAUUUAGAUUUUUUCAUUCUUGCACAGCAAUCCUCUGCUUGCUUACCUGGGAGUAAGUCCCAUUAAAAACAGUGGAACUUACUGUUUUUUUCAGAAGACACAGACCAAGCUUUAUUAAACAUACAAUAGUACUUAACAUAGAAAAACCACAGUAAAUUUUCUUUCUACCCACUACCCCCACCCACCCCGAUUUGUAAAUAAAAAUCAAACUUAUUUUGCCCCUUCUGAUUAAAUAAGGGGAGAGAAAACAAUGAGGUCGUUGCUUGGGUGGGCCACAAAUUUCUUUGCUUUGGUUGCCCUUUGAAGGGCUGCCUUCUUCUUGAGGGGUCUCUUGGCCUGGACAACAUCGCCUGCCAUUUGCCGUCCAUUCUCCUGGAGCUUCCUCAAGUUCUCAUUUUUUUAUUGACGUCUUCUACUUGGAAGUUCACUAUAUCCCAGAAUCCACCCAGAUCAUCACAGGCUUAUCUCCGUGUGUAAACUCAGAGUUAUCCACUAGCCCUCAAACUGCUUGAAUCUCUUGGCUAUCAGCAGCCUGGUUUGCCCAACGGACCAGAUCUUUGGCAUUCUCUGGAGUAUCCGCCUCAGCUGCUCCAUCCCACUCAAGGCAAUUUUGUAUGUGGUCAAACCCUCCGGAGGCUUGAACACAAAAUUCUCAGGGGCAAAUGAGGGCUUUGUGGUUUUUUCUCAGCUUUGUAACGCUGUAGCAUUUCCAAAUGCUCCUGUUCAUGAGAGUUUGCUGAAGCACUUGGUUUUUGGCUUGACUUUGUGCUGCUCCUUAGUAAGUACCCUUCACCUGACCUUUCUGUACCGAGCAGCAAAAGUUGCAGCCAUCCUGCUGUUUACUCACAAACCACUUCCUACCAGCUCCAGCGUCAACCCCCAAACCGCCUCUCAGUUCACCUCAGAUUCCAGUGGAGCUUACUUUUGAGUGAAUAGACGCCAGAUCACUAUUCGCCUCUCUACCAACAAUUACAGCAUGUCAGAUUAUUAAUCUCAAUGUUCAAGGAUUACCUUAAUGUGAUUUAGAUGCAUCUGAAUCCAUUUAUACAACAGAUUCCCAAGUGCCUUAAAACUAUAGAUGGUAUCCAACUGAGUCAUAUUCGGAGUAGAUCCACUGCUGUGUACUUUAAGCACAUGAACCUCAUUGGAUCUACUCUGAGGAUUCCUUAGUUGCAUAUCUCCCUUAAAGUUUUAAAUGCUAUGUAAAAUAAUUAACUGACAAAGUUAAGUUGUUUACAUUUUGGAAUUCUAGGAUGCAUCAAAUCCACCUGCCAAAGCAAUGAAACCAAGGUAUUGAUUCCCCUGCCCCCCAAUUAUCCAUUUUUAAAAAUUAUUUUUGAUCUCUAAUCAAGUGUUUUAGACACAUAGACAUUCUGCAAAGUAAAGGUGUCUUAAUAUGUAUUAUUGGCCUGAACAAGAGAAAUAUUUGCAUUUAGUGUGUGGAGCAUUUGACUAUCAAACCUGUUUCUUCUGUACUGUUUCAGAACUAAAUGAUAUGACUAAUGAAUACUUUUACCAUUGUUUCUGUGUUUUAGGCUUAUGGAAUUGCUUUGAGAACUCUGCAAGGGUUGUUUCUCACUUGAUUUUUAAUAAUUUAUUUGUACUUUCGCAUUUGACUUUAAUAGAAAAAGGUUCUAAUUUAUUUGUCUGUACUUUCCUAUUUGACAUUAAGAGAAAAAAAUUCUCUUAAUCUUUCCUAUAUAUAUAUAUUUUAAAAUGAAGUUAUUUGUGAGAAAUAAUCUGUUUCCAUGCUGCUAAUGUUAAGUAUAACUGACCCAAUGAAAACAUUGGGGCUGUCCUUAGUUGGAUCGAAACCUACAAAAUGGGUGUUCCAUUUUUUAAUCUUGGAUUUUAUAGAGGUUUUUUGUCAAAUGUAUUUUGUCUUUUAUGAAAGAAUGUGAACUUUUAAUGCUGAGUUGUUCUGAACACUCAAGCACUAGAAACUACUGAAUGAAAUUACUUGAAAAGUGGUCUGUGAUAUAUUUUCUUCUGGAAAAUAAGGGAUUUCUUUAGUGUGAAAAUUUGUAAAGAAAAAAGAAAAAAAGAACUGUAUUUGUGUAAAGUGGGGGAGAAGAAUUAAAGAGUCAAAGCUGUGUAUGUGUCAUGUCAUUUUGCUGUAAAUAAAACUUAACUGAGUAGCAUACUAUA